AUGGGUUUUAAUCCCUUCUUGUACCGUGUCAUCAUGUUAAUCAGAAAUAUCGAGAAGAGCACCAGCAUUAACUCGUGCUGGACGUUAGGAGACUCUUCUCCGGCUCGAUGGAGCCGCUCUUGCAAAUUUCCACAUUUUGACCCAGUGCUUGACGUCACUGGAGGCACAUUAUACACGCCGCGAUUAGUCACUUUUGUCCUAGCUCUUGACUUCAAGCUCUCGAAAUACUCUUUCCAUACACAAAACCAGAAUCCUCUACACACAUCUCAACUCGUCAACUUCAUUCUUCAAAAAGGACGUUCCUUCUCCAACAUGCCUCAAUACCAGCCUCAAGCCGACACCUUUAAGGACCCUUCCAGCAAGGCUGAGGCCAAGCAGCAGAUGGCAGAGCAGCAAUACGAGGAGAGGAAAGAGCACUCGAAGAGCGGUGCAAACACGCAGACGGGGCACCAUGCAAAAAUCUCCGAGGUCCUUCCUGUAACAGCUACAACAAUCCUAUGCAGCCUUGGCCUUUUCUACCUAGAACUGAUAUGGCUUGCAGGAUUCAUCAAUGACUGCAUCUUAUACGUUGGAGACCAAGCUGUGGUUGUGCCAAGCAUAAUCCUGCAAUCCUUCAAGCGCACCUUCCUUGAUCAGACAAGCUUCGGUAUUUCACUCACCCUCACAAACCCUCCUGCGGAAAUUUUGUUAGCCCAGCCUUGGCUUCCGCUUGCUGCACUUUCUCCAGAUUCUGUGCCAUACACAAUCUUCUCAACGGUCAAUAUGGUGAAGAUCAGCCUUGCUCUUCUCGUAGCUGUGGCAUCAGCUGCUCUCGCCGCUCCUGAGGCCAUCGGUGCUCGCCAAGCCGCGGGAUGUCAGCCUUCUGAGACUUGGCUCAACUUGCUACGAGUUCGCUCCUCCUACGGCCUGCUAGGAGAAUGCGACUACUUAUCUCAUCUAAGAAAGUCAUUGAGAAUGGAUAAAUUGAGACUUCUGCUAAGAUCAUUUGAGAUCGAAUAUGCCCUUCUCGAUUACAGCGGUGCACGGGAUGCCAUGAGUUCCGAAUUUAACCAUACGCAAGAGCGAACAGGAUAG